AUGCCUUCCAAGAAACCUCAAAAGGCUGCAAAGCACCAGCUUAAUCCGUACACGCGCUUCUUUGAUGCCCAGAAAUCCCUGCCCCAGGAUAAGGGCGAUAGUAAUGGCCAAAAGCCGAGCGGAGUCUAUAAUCGCGAAAGCGUUUAUGUACUUUCGAAUAAGCCGCGUGGAAAACGUAGACCGAUUCGGGAAAAUAAUCAGCCCACCUGGCGACGACGUGGAGGCGGCGGCGCCGGAAACGAGGACCACAUCAUGGUGGUCACCCAGGAUAGCACCCAACAGCCGAGGGAUAAGCCAGUGUAUACCGCCUCCCAACUGGAUGCCAUUUGCUAUGACGUUAUCAAGGAGCCGCCAAUGCAAUUCCAUGUGGACGGCACCGACAUAGUGCCCAGUAUCCGUGGUUUGAGGCUAAGCGUCUGCGUGGAGCACACUCGAUUCCAAUUGGUGGGCAAGGUGACCAGGAACAUGGGCUUUCAGCAUGUGCCCGAGCACAGGUUGUGGAACAUCCAAUGGUCGGACUCGACGCCCCACCACGAUCUGUUGCGUAACAUGAAGCGGUUUCAGCAGAUCAACCAUUUCCCAGGCAUGGUGGAAAUAUGUCGCAAGGAUCUGCUGUCGAGGAACCUGAAUCGGAUGCUCAAGAUGUUCCCCGGCGACUAUCGCAUCUUCCCUAAGACUUGGCUCAUGCCAACAGAUGCCUAUGAUGUAGCCAUCUAUGCCGGUAAACACAAGAGGACCUUCAUCCUCAAGCCCUAUUCGGCGGGUCAGGGACGUGGAAUUUGGAUAACCACUGAUCUACGCACUGUGGGCAAGCGGGAAAAGCUCAUCUGCCAGACCUACAUAGAGCGGCCCCUGCUGAUUGACGGCUACAAGUUUGACCUGCGGGUCUAUACCCUUGUCACCUCGGUGGAUCCAUUGCGUAUUUUCGUGUAUAAUGAAGGCUUGGCCCGCUUUGCCACCCAAAAGUACGUGCCGCCAACUAUGGGAAAUAGCCACAAUGUGUUCAUGCACCUGACCAACUACUGCCUGAAUCGCCGGAACUCCCAGUACAUGGUGGGCAAUGGACCGGAAGCGGGUUCCAAGCGGAAACUCAGUGCCUUCAAUAAGUGGCUAGUGGAUCAUAACUACGAUGUAGCCGAGUUCUGGGCGAGUGUGGAUGAUGCGAUCAUCAAGACGCUGAUCAGUGCUUGGCCCACUCUGAAGCACAACUAUAAUGUGUGCUUCCCAAAGCACGAUAAGAUUCAGGCCAGUUUCCAGCUGCUAGGUUUCGACAUCCUGGUGGACUGGAAACUGAAGCCAUACAUCCUGGAGGUCAAUCACACGCCUAGUUUGAGUGCAGAUGAGACGGUGGACAUGGAAGUAAAGCGUCCCCUGAUUCGGGACACUCUUAACAUGCUGAGCACAGCUUUGGUGGACAAAGAGCAGAUUAUACGGGAUGAUCGAACAGAACAUAGGGCCAGAUUGCUGAGGAAUAUCUACAACAAGAAGGCUGCUGCUCAAAUGCCCGGGUAUUCGUCACCAACCCGGGAAGUCGGCGGCCACGAUGUGCGGCAGGCCUGCUCCAUUGGGGCACUUACCCAGCAGAUUGCCUGGGAGGAGAGUCACCUGGGCAACUACCGACGCAUAAUGCCCCCACGAGAUUCCGAGAAGGUCAACUACUACUGCAAGUUCUACGAGCAGAAUAAGCAGCCCAUGUUUGCAGAUACAGUCGCUAGCCGGCGACGCGAGGAACUAAAUCACCAGGCGAUGCAGAAACACCAUCGGGAGCGCCUGCAGGAUCAGUUCCUGCAGCAGCAGCUUUUGGCGCAGGCGCAGCAUCGCAUGAGCAAAAAUGUCCGUUGGCCAGGUGAUCAGCUGCAGGUGAAUCCUGUGAUCCUGCAGUCGAAGCGGCGUCGCGAAGAGGCGGAGGCACAGGCGAAGAAGCAUCGAGCUGUGAUCGCCCGCGAAAUUCAGCGGCAGAAGGAGCAGCUACUGGCGCCCACCUGUGCCAAGGAACGUUUGGGUAUCUGGCAGAGUGUCCGGCGGGAAAAGCGACACAAGUUCUCGCCCAAACGCAGCAGCAGCAUUACCAAGGCCCAUCGCCGCAAGCAGCUGCACAACCUUAGCCAGCGGGCUCGUCAUCAGCGGAUGCUCGAAAUGGAGGCCCAAAGGGAUGCCAAAUUCCUGGAGCAGCACGCCAAAAAACAACGACUCGAGGGCGGCAGGGUGAUGGGUCAAAGUGAAUCCCCGGGCACAAAGAGCAAAGGCAGCGUUAAGAGCAAGGCCAGCUAUAAAAACAAGAUGAGGCCCAAGGGCAAAACCAUUCUCAAAAAGGGAAUACUUCGGGAAAGCAACCACAGUUUGGAAAAGAAAUCCAGGGAAGAGCUUGCAUCCAAAAUUCAACAAUCCAUCCAUUGGACAGCAGGCACCAUCAGCAAAAUGGAAGCCGACGAACAUCUCAGCUGGCGAAAGGAGAGAACUGAUCAAUUGAAUAACACACGGCUCAGGGAACUGAUCUUCUCGAAAAUGUACGAAAACGGCCAUCUGACCAAGAACGAUAUCAAGUGCUUUCCGGAUCUACUUUACCGCAUACUCAGCAAGGAUUUCACGGAAGCAAGUAGUCAAUAGAUGGGGUUUUUCCUCUGGUUAUCUCGACAAUCUGUAUGUGUGUCGGCUAAGUGAAUUGUCUUUGCAACUUGUAUACUGCCAUCUUGGUGUCGUUUAAAUUAAAAAUAAAAUCUAACUACGUUGUACUCAAA